CGCGGCCGCCGUACCGGGGCGAGGCGGGCCGGGGGGUGGCGGGGCCAUGGGGAACCUGUUCGGCCGCAAGCGGCGGAGCCGCGUCACGGAGCAGGACAAGGCCGUGCUGCAACUGAAACAGCAGCGGGAUAAACUGAAGCAGUAUCAGAAACGGAUCACUCUGAAUCUGGAAAGAGAGAGAUCUGUAGCCCGGCAGCUGCUGAGAGAUGGCAAGAAAGAAAAAGCCAAGUCGUUGCUCAAGAAGAAGCGCUACCAAGAGCAGCUGCUAGAUAAAACAGAAAACCAAAUCAGCAACCUGGAGCGCAUGGUCCAGGACAUUGAAUUCACCCAGAUUGAAAUGAAGGUGAUUGAAGGCCUGAAAAUUGGCAAUGAAUGUCUGAAUAAAAUGCAUGAGGUCAUGUCAGUAGAAGAAGUGGAAAGAAUAAUAGAUGAAACCCAAGAUGCUGUGGAAUAUCAAAAGCAAAUCGAUGAAAUGUUGGCCGGCAGCUUCACCGAAGAAGAUGAAGAUGCCAUUUUAGAAGAAUUAAAUGCCAUUACUCAGGAACAGCUCGAGCUCCCUGAAGUUCCCGCUGAGCCACUCCCGGAAAAGACCCCAGAAGCAUCACCUGUCAAGAUCAAGGCCAAGCCAGAACUGGUGGCAGCAUCUUAAUUCCACUCCUGGGGACAACCCCAAAUACUUCCAUCAUGGACCGUUUGGAAUCCCAGCAUGCUCUGGGAACAGUAGCAUCCCAGCUGCGCUGGGCGAAUGUGCUGGAGUGAGGUUUCCUGCGCAGGGCAGGGAAUCGCAGCAGAUUAUCGCUCUUGUAUCAAGAUUAUUUUCUAGUGCUUUCUUUUUGUAAUUUAAAUUCUAAACUCACUCAGCUGCGCUGUCUCUGGAUUAAACAGUGACUUUAAAACUUCCAAAGCCAAAUGCUUUCGACAGGCUGCUUUCAAGUGCAAAUCUGCCUGUGCAACCAGUGCUGCCAUUACUGAUCUGUUAGAAGCCCAUGUGCUGGUCUUGGAACACUGGAGGGUGAAAAAUGGUUUUCAUAGUCACUAUGUUACAUGGCACUGCUAGGAACCCGUCAGACCUUCCCUUUGGCUGUGAUCCUCUGUGUCCCUCUGCUCUUCCUCGACUGGCUGGGGCUCCAGUGUCUAAAUCAGACUGUCUGGCUUGGCACUGGGAUCUGAGCGCUCGCUCUCAGGGCAUGGGCAGCAUGCAGCCAAGUUGAGCACAAGCAUCACUUCUGACCUCCUGCAGGCAGUGACGUUGUGGGUAGCGACAGCCUCUCUGCUGAAGGAGAAGCCCGGAGGGAUGAGGAGAAAAGUUUUACUACUUCAAAUCUCUUGCAGCUCAAGCACCCUUGCGUGAGGUGUAGUGAAGCUGUUAUGACGCUGGGCCCGGCACAAAAGUGGGUGUGGUGAGGCUGCUAGCAGAGAACUUCCUCCCAUUGAAUCUUAUUUUAAAACUUGCUUAUCUGGGAGGCCAGCACUCUUCUGGGCUGGGAUCUCUGUGCUCUCGACAGGCCAAUUGGCCUGAUUUACAAUAGGCCGCAACAGCACUCGUGAGAGAAAAGUUGCCCUGCAGUGAGAUGGAAAAGGCCAAGUCUCCUCCCAGGGCACGAGUCAGAAUGUCUUAUUCCGCUCUCGCACUGUUGCCCGUUUGCCUGUGGAAACCUAUGGUGCUAGGUGUGACCGAGCAGAACGUAAGUUCUAGGAAUCUGAUGAGCCUCUUAAAACUAGAACAGGGACUCACUGGCUUAGGAUCCUGCUCAAAAGCUGUCCCCCGACUGCUCUGCUCCCCCCCAGAGGUGGACUCACCUUUGCAAGAUGCAGAUGGAUUGAAAUGGCUUCUGCUUUCAGAUAUCCACACUCCCCAUUGUGUGUCACGUGUGUGGGGGGAGAGGGGUGGAAGGCGUGAGUGCGUAUGAACAGGUGAUUGAUUCCGUACCUGGGAACAAAGCGUGUGGUUUCUUAAAUUAUCCCCACAAAGACCCUGGGUACUUUUAUGUUCCACGUCUGCAAAAAGGAGUUCAAUGUGUGACUCCACUGAGCUGCAGAGGACGGCUCUGCACUUCCCCGUGGUGCAGGAGACAGGACAGGUUGGCUGAUGAAUCAGACAGAAACCUGGGGCCCAGGCUGCAACGCCUGAAUGGUGCUCACUCUCUGUCCUGAACUGACCUUGUGUUCACAGAAACUGUCCCUGGGCUGGUAGGUGGCACCUGGGUUUCUCUGUGCUUGGAAACCAGCAUGCUCUGCUGGACGUCUGCAGCCUCGCCUUGUCAGCCUGAGCAGGGCCUGCCGCCAACAGUGCUUGGCAUCGUGUCCCUUGCUUGAAGACCCCCUUCAAUUCACCCUCUCUGCAAUGGGGCAGUGGGAUGUAAGAUAGCCAGAGAGCUCUUUGGGUGCUGCUAGGUGAAUGCUUCUGGGGGAAUUUGCGACUUGGUGCUAGAUAAUAAAUAUUCCCAGGGGCUGUGCCGCUUUCCAGUAGCGAAGGGCCAACAGCAAAAGUACUCCUUUAAAAUCUUGUUUUACUGGAUUCUGUGUGUGGGGAACUCCAAGGGCUGGGCUCUGAGCUGUCUCACUCCUGCAAGAGAUGGGAGAGUCCUCUAGGUGGCAGGCCCCUUGGAACAUGAUAUUUUUAGGCUUUUAGCAGUGGAUCCCUAUUUGUGUUUUCCAGCAAAGCCGAGGCACAAAUGGGUGCUGCGAGACCCCUCACCCUCACAGCAGCUCGAGCCCUCCGGGGGACUCUGCUUUUCACGGUGAAAGUGGCACUUCUGUUCAGUGUGAUUUAACCCAGCUCUUUCUGGAACCAACAGAUCAGGGCUAACAUGUUCCCCUUUCUGUGUGUGUCAUCUUAGUCCUCUUUGGAGCUACCAGGGAACUGGCCCUUAAGCCUGGCUUUGACAGGCAAGAGCUAAUGCGGGUGAGUCAGCUCUUUAUUCCCCCCACCCCCAUUUAUUUUAAAAGUAGACUUUGAUGCCAGUUCAAGCCUUUGAAUGUCAUGCAGUAUGCAUGUUUCCAGGGUGGUUGUCACCGUGUUGGUCCCGGGAUAUAUGAGAGACAAGGUUGGUGCGGGAAUCUCUUUUAUCGGACCAACUUCUGGUGGUGAGAGAGAUGGUUUUGAGCCAGACAGUGCUCUUGUUAAGGUCUGGGAGCGGUACUCUGAGGGUCACAGCUAAGUCCAAGGUGGAAGAGAUGAUUUAGCAUAAGCAGUUAACACAUGUUGUGAGAGACCAUUCAAUAGUAUUACUGCAAAGGUGUUAACAGGCCAGGUCACUCUGAGUUGUCCCUUAUGAUAUGUUUAGCAUCAGCGGUUAUCUGUUCCACCUUAUAUAUAGCCGUGAUACUUGGCGUACCUUUCCCAGACCUGAAGAACAGCUCAGUGUAAGCUUGAAAGCGUCUCUCUCUCACCACCAGAUCUGGUCCAAUAAAAUCGGGGUUCUCUCCUUUCAUUUGGGGACCCCUAACAUUGUUUUAAUGGGGUGCAGACCCCCUUGGAAAUCUAUAGUUGAAUUCUGUUCAGUACGUUUUCAGUCUCUUUUGCAGUCCCCUUAGACAUUGUCCAUGGACCCCUUAGGGGUCCGCAGAGCACAGGUUGAGACCCACUGCACUAAAAGACCCUCACACACCUUGUCUCUGCAAUAUGCACGUUUCUCCACCAGAGGGAGCUCUGUCCUCACAAGCUCAGUGUGUGGGUGGGUUUUUUGGAAUAACACAUUCUUUAUGUAUUUAAUCUCUCACUAGUGCCCUCUGUGGCUACUCUCAUUUCACCGUAGCUGACUCAUUCUGGCCAGUCGGAGUAGAUGCUGGACUGUGGCAAUGGAGAAGAGUGCAAGGCCUUUCCGAUGGUGCGCAGGCUCCCUCAGGCAGGGCUAUCGCUUAUCACCGUGUCAGAGGAGAGAUGGAAACGCGCUUCUGCUCGGCCUCUGGGCUUUAGUGAAUGUCGUGCUAACAAAGGCCGUGCAAGCCAGGCUUAGGGGAAUUAGCAUUCUUGAAGUGUCAGGUGCACUGAAGUGCCAGGCAGGGACCUAAAUGUUCUGCUAUCCUCCGUGGUCUUUUGCUCAUGACCCUUUUUUGGGUUCAUAUCCCAGACAGGCAGUUGGGUCAGCACUGAAGGGGUUAAUGCAGCAUGCUGCAUUGGUCAAGACAGUGAAAUGACCACUUUCUGCUCUGCCAACCCUUUCCUGUUUUAAUCUCUGUAUCCAACAGCUCAUGCUGCGUGUCUCCUUGGGAGGAAAAGCCAGGAGGGGUGCGUGACCUCUGUGGUGUGUUAUAACAAUAAAGCAUUUCUAAUGGUUUCACCCAA